AUGAAGCCAAGUUUCAGUUGUCUCUUCUUCCUCCUCCUCCGCCUCCUCCUCUUCUGUUUCUUACACUGCGUGGCUUCUAGCACGGCGAGGCAGAGAGAUGUGCUAAACAAGUUCUACUUUAACAACGGAGCAGAGAGGUCGUCUUCUUCUUCUUGGGCAAGAAGUCUUCUUUCGGUAUCCGGCUUGGAGUCGAAGGUCUACGACAAUAGCGGGCUAAAGGAGGGGGACAAGGUUGUUCUGCUGCCUGGCCAACCAGAAGGGGUGCAUUUCGAUCAGUACGCGGGGUAUGUCACAGUCGAUAGAGCCAACGGACGAGCUCUAUUUUACUACUUUACCGAGGCUGCCGAGAACAGCGGAUCGAAGCCUAUUGUGCUCUGGCUCAAUGGAGGGCCGGGGUGUUCGUCGCUAGGGUACGGCGCCAUGGAGGAGCUUGGGCCGUUUCGAGUCAUGAGUGAUGGCAAGACUCUGUAUAGGAAUCCCUAUGCUUGGAACGAAGUGGCGAACGUCUUGUUCCUGGAGAGCCCCGCCGGUACCGGCUUCUCCUACUCUAACACCACAUCGGACUACGCCACGAGCGGCGACCGUAGGACGGCGAUUGACGCUCUGGUUUUCCUCGUCAACUGGUUCGAGCGGUUCCCGGAGUAUAAGGGGAGGGACUUGUUCAUCACCGGUGAGAGCUACGCCGGGCACUACGUCCCCCAGCUUGCCCAUGCCAUACUCCAUCACAAAGAUCGCCUCAUCAAUCUCAAAGGCAUCGCUAUCGGGAACGCGGUGAUCGACGAGGAGACGAAUAACAAGGGGCUGCUCGACUACUAUUGGACGCACGCGUUCUUAGCCGACGAGACCAUUGUUGCGAUCCACAAGUUCUGCAAUUUUUCGCCGGGUGCGCAACAACAACCUUCGGAGUGCAACCGAGCUGUCGCCGAGGCGAACCACGUCUUCACGGAAGUGAACGUCUACAACAUAUACGCACCUCUGUGCUUCUCGUCGGGCGUGACGCCAACUCCAAAGUUGCCCUCGAAUUUUGAUCCUUGUACUUCUAAUUACGUGGAGGCAUACCUUAACAAUCCUAAGGUGCAGAGAGCUCUACAUGCCAAUGUGACAAAGUUCAACUACACCUGGUCUGGUUGUAGCAAAGUGAUACAGGGUUGGUCAGAUCAGCCUUCCACAAUGCUACCAAUUAUUCACGAAUUGUUGUCUAAUGGAAUUAGGGUUUUGAUAUACAGCGGUGACUUGGAUGGAAGAGUUCCUGUUACUUCCACAAGAUACUCCCUCAACAAGCUAAAACUUAAAGUGAAAAUUCCAUGGAGAGCUUGGAUGCUUAACAGUGAGGUUGGGGGAUACACUGUGGUUUAUGAUCAUAAUUUGACAUUUGCUACUAUUCGGGGAGCAGGGCAUAAUGUUCCAAGCUAUCAACCAGCUCGAGCUUUGGAGAUGAUUAAGAGUUUCCUUCAAGGGCUGCAUCUCCCUGAAAAGGAAUUUCUGGAAAAUAGUGGUAUGGGUGCCUGGAAGGCAAAAACUUAUCCCGUCGCAGAUAUGGAGCACGCUGAUUGGCCGGACCUACGUCACGAUCUGGGUGCCCAGAGCAUGCCUAUAAAUGAAGGCCUCCACGGAGCAUCAAACACAACAACUUCUAUAACUGCUCUGGUAGAAGCAAAUACCAAAGCAACUUGUACACUUCAGUACAGCUUAACCAAGGAGGAGCUGAACCGCGUCGGCCCGUUCUCGAGCGCCAAAGAAUUAUGGCAAAAGCUAAUCGAGUUGCACGAGGGUACGUCCGAUAUAAAGGAAGGGAUAGAUACGAUCCAGGGGACGGUUACCUCCCUUAGACCUUAUGACAAGAUUGGCCAGCGUCACCUUAGGUUAGCUCAUAUAGACAUCACCGCUCAUGGGGUCCUCGCAUGGAGAGGUGGGCCAUCGCCGGUCGAUCUAGCCGAGGAUGAGGUUGUUGCUCCAGCCGAAGGCGCUGCUCCAGCCGAGGGGUUCGUCCUAGCUCCAGAUGAGUAUUUUUAUCCAGCCGAGGGACAGGAGGUGUUAGGAUUCACACUUACUGAGAUGUUUGAGGAUCCUUCAGCUCAGCCCUCGACGUCAGCCCAACCUUCCACUUCCAUAUCUAUCGAGGAUAGACUCACUCGACUCGAGGAGUCUUCCGCGUAG